AUGACGGUGCUCGACUACAACAAGAUCUUCUCGCGCAGUCGGCGACGAACUAGACGAUCAGGUCCCAAGAUUACCCAAGAUAUUUAUCGAAGGGCGGUGGUUUAUUCACUGAAAUCAAGGAAGGCAAAGCUUUCCAAAAUAUUCCAAUUAAAGAACACUCAAUCUACAAGUCUGUCCAAUGAUCGUCCAGCAUUUGACUCCCUCGAACCUUCGUGUAGUCGACCAAACGAAGGUGAAGUUGCUGUGUAUAACACUAAAACGGAACUCGAGGUAGGAUAUAACGCUCCGUAUACAGGCCAAAUUCACUUUCCUCAACCAUCAUCUUCUAUCCCUGGUUUGCAAACCCCAUCAAUGGAUAUUGAUGACAGCUUCUAUGAUCCUCAGUUUCCGAUAUUGUCUUAUUUGCUAAAUAAUCCAUACGGAUAUUUACCACCGGAUAUGCUUCAUCUAUAUCCACCUCCAUCGCAAAAGUACCAGGUAAUUCCAAUACCAACUUAA